UUUGAUCUAGAAAUUAAACCAAAAUUAUCUGGUAAGAUUUUGUGUUUUUGCAGUUAAAAAUUAUUGGACAAUAUAAAGAAAGUGAUGAAUAGCAGUUGUUACUACAAAUUUGAGAUUAGUUUUAAUCUCUUUUGAUUAUUUUUCUUAGAUCAUAAAUACUUAUGUAUAUUUCUAAUGUAAUAAAUAUUAUAGUUCAUACAUUUUGAAAAAGGGAUUUGCGGAUUGUAAAUUAAAAGUUAAAAGACUUGGAAAAAAUGACUUGUGCAUGUUUUUUUGUUCAUAAUUAACAUGCAGAACUUUCCUUUCCCUCUCAAAUUAAACAUCCUUUUGUCUUAAUUAUUGUUGCAGUCUAUUCUGUUAAAUUAAUUUUUUUGGUUAAAAUAAAAACUGAAAGACCAAAGAAUGAAAACAGAAAAUUAAAGGAAGUGGCUCAAAGUAAGGUUUGUAUCUAAAAUUCGAGCCUCAUGAGAGGAAAGGAUGUGGAUUAAAAUUUUGCUGGAUGGUUUUGACUGAAGGCUGAGUGUGUGCGACCACAGCGCAGUCUGCAGAGAGAGGAGGCGUCUUAUUAUUGGCCUUUUAGGAGAACUGUCAAGUUAGCUGCUUCCUCAAGGAGGAAAGCCUGGCUGGAUCACAGCUCGCAUAAAAGACUAACACCGAAUCAGACGGAUCCUCAUUUAUUCUUUUAUCAUCGAGAUGUUUGGCGUCUGCAGAAACGGGAAGAGAACAGAGGCAGAAGUCAGUGAGAUGGAGGAAAUUUAGAUCAACUAACAGCUUAAUUAAGAGUCUUUUUUUCUUUACAAAAGCUUCGUUUUAUUUUAUUUUUGUCUGUUUUUUUGCGUUCACUUUAAUCUUAGAAUUACCUUUGAGACUGUCCAAUCCAAAUCUAUACACCGUAAAAAAAAUCACUUCAGUUAUUUUUGAGGGUUUUUUGUAUUUUCCAUCCACAUACCACCAAGAUGUGGUCGUGUAUGAAGAACUUCUUCACUUAUGAAACGACAAAGUCGGUGGUUGUGAAAAGCUGGACUAUCGGCAUCAUUAACCGGAUUGUUCAACUUAUCAUCAUUUCUUACUUUAUUGGUUGGGUGUUUCUCUGGGAAAAGGCCUACCAGGUAAGAGACACAGCUAUAGAGUCGUCAGUCAUGACAAAGGUCAAAGGCUUCGGAAACUACAACAACAGAGUCAUGGAUGUCGCGGACUACGUCACUCCUACGCAGGGAGGUUCGGUCUUUUGCAUCAUCACCAAAAUGAUUACAACAGAGAACCAAGUGCAAGGCUACUGUCCUGAGACUGAGAAAUUCAACUGUACCAAAGACAGUGACUGCACAAAAUAUCGUCACAGAGCAGGAGGAUAUGGAAUCUUCACAGGGAACUGCGUCCCUUUCAAGAGCAACGUCUCAAUGUGUGAGAUUAAAGGGUGGUGUCCUGCCGAGAUCGACACCAUCAAGACAGAACCCAUGAACGAUGUGGAGAACUUCACAAUCUUCAUAAAGAAUAGCAUCCGCUUCCCAACUUUUAACUACACCAAAGGGAACUUCCUUCCAUCAAUAACUAAAGAUUACAUCAAAAAGUGUAACUUUAACAAAGAAAAUGACAUCUACUGCCCUAUCUUCAAAGUGGGGGACAUUCUUAGAGACGCAGAGCAGAACUUCACUCAGCUGGCAAACACGGGUGGAGUGAUUGGAAUAAUGAUCAGCUGGAUGUGUGAUCUGGAUAAAUCAGACGAUGAAUGUAAACCAUCGUAUUCGUUCACCCGACUCGAUGCCAUGUCGCAGCAGAGCAACGUUUCUCCUGGGUACAAUUUCAGGUUUGCAAAAUACUAUAAGAUGGAAAAUGGGACAGACUACCGCACUCUGGUCAAAGCUUUUGCCAUUCGAUUUGAUGUUAUUGUCAAUGGCAACGCGGGAAAGUUUAACAUGAUCCCAACAAUCAUAAACAUGGUGGCAGCGUUCACAUCCGUGGGAGUGGGCACAGUGCUUUGUGAUAUAAUACUGCUAAACUUCCUGAAAGGUGCAGAGCAGUACAAGGCUAAGAAGUUCGAAGAGGUUUCGGACAGUCCGUUGGACUUCCAGAGCAACGGCUUGUAUCGCUCCCAGCUGUCGCUCAGACAAACGCACUUCAAGUCCAGUGACUCUGGGGCAUUUUCUAUUGAACAUUACAGCUAAAGAAACAGAACAUAUCAAUGUAAUUUCAGUCACAUAGCCUCUUUCAAGGCUGAGAACAUCAAAACUACAAAAAUGUAUCAAGUGAAUGUAGCAUAAAAGCAUGGCUGUCUUUGCAUGAGGAUUGUUGAACCAGUUGUCUAACAGAUGAUUUUGGUAGCCCAUAGAAAUGAUAGCAAUAAACAACUGGUUCACUGCUCUGUAAUACUUUAUUCUUUUAUAUGUGUACAGUUGCAACCAGACGAUUGAAUACAUCACAUAAAAAGAUACACUUUUUUUUCCUCCUUACUCUCUGACACUAAAUCAGACUAAACUUCUCUUGUUUAAGGUCAGUUAGAAUCACCAAAACUAUUCUUAUUUUGAUAAAUGACAAGCUUUGUUUUGAGUACAAUUUAAAAAAGCAAGUUUUUGAUUUAAAAGUUGUUCCUCUAGAUAACUGCGAUGUAGAGCUACUAAAGUAGUGUCACUCUAUGUACACUUCUGGUUUCAACUGUAUGUGUCUACUAAGUACAAGAGCAUGAAGAUAGACUGUAAAUUUGUUUUAUGAUGAUACCCCGAAUACUCCCUCAUCAGUCCCUCUUAAUAAGAUUGUGACAAAAUCAAGAAAUAAAAACUUUAAAAGACAGUUUUCAUUCACUCCAGCAAAAAAA